ACAUGCGCAUAGAGAGGAAGCAGGAAAUGCAGAGAACAGUGGGAAAGCAUGGCUACACCUGUGUAAUCAUUCAUGUGGAAUCCAAAGCAAUCCUUCAAAGGAGUCCUUCAGAAAGCAAUAGUCUUUCACUCCAGUUCAAUGAUGUCAGUGCAAGAUGAUUGCUAUGUUUGGAGUCAUUAAAGGAGCAAGUACGCUCACCUUCUUGGCUCUUGAAAAGGAGUUUGGCUGGCUGUUUAUCUAUGUUCACACUCAGGGAGUUUAACAUACAGAGAGAACAGUACAGUGAAAGACUAUAUUCGUCAGAGGGAUUCUCCAGCAUAGUUAUGGAUGCCAAAAUGGACGACAAAGUGUCAUCGGUUUCCAGCUCCAAGCGCACCUCUUCUUCAAAGCAUUCAGUAGCCAGCGCCGCUGCAAAAGCCAGAGCUAUCGCUGAAGCUGCACGCACCAGGGCCACAUUUGCACAGAGGGAGCUCGAAAUAAAAAAACAAAAGGCCAAGUUGGAUUUAGAAAAGGCUACUCUUGAGGCAGAUCUAGAAGCAUUGGAACUUGAAAAAGCAGCUGCCGUUGCUGUUGCUGAGGCUGAGGUUUUAGAAGCAGCAGCAGGCAUAGACUGUGAUGAUAUACACAGCAACAGGAGUGGCAUCUCACCUUUGUCCAUCAAACAGCAAACUGAGGCAUACCUCGAAGAUCAAGCUCGAAUCAGUUUUAAACCUGCCAUAGAUUCUCAAGCCACACUGAGUCCCAUCUAUGUUAAGAAAGCAUCGCUGUCAACAAAACAAGAACUCCCAGAAUCCAACGUAGAAUAUCACACUCUAUCCACAAACCCUGGUUACUCACAGCUAAGUGAGCAUCAGCCAACUACAGGACAGCAGCCGUUCUCACCUCAGUUCACUCCAUUGAGCCCUCGCUAUUUUUGUAAGGCAUCUUCAGAACGCAGUCCACACAUACAGCAUUCAGAUACUUCUCAAAGGAUCAGUAUACAGCAAAACUCUCAGACUCCAUCUACAGGCAUGUUAGACUUUGUAAAGUAUCUGGCACGCAGGGAAUUAGUAACCGCAGGUCUCACUAAAUUUGAUGAUCAGCCAGAAGGCUACAGAGCUUGGCAGUCAUCCUUCGUCAGCACCAUUCAGGAUUUGGAGCUGACAGCCAGUGAAGAGUUAGAUCUACUAGUAAAAUGGCUUGGCAAGGAAUCAUCAGAACAUGUAAAAAGGAUCCGUGCUGCUCAUAUCACUAACCCUGAAGCUGCGCUUAAUUUGUCAUGGUUGAGACUUCAAGAAUGUUAUGCAACCCCAGAAGUGAUAGAGUGUGCUCUCUUUAAGCGACUGGACUGCUUCCCUCGCCUCACGUUGAGAGAAAACAUAAAACUAAGGGAAUUAAGUGACCUACUGAUGGAGCUUUUGGCAGCCAAGGAAGAUGGUUAUCUACCAGGUCUUAGUUACUUGGAUACUCCAAGAGGCAUUAACCCCAUUGUCGAAAAGCUGCCAGUGAACCUGCAAGAGAAAUGGCUCUCCGCUGGUUCAAGGUAUAAAGAACAGCAUAGGGUAUGUUUUCCCCCAUUUGCCUUUUUUGUGGAUUUUGUCAACAGUGAAGCCAAGGCUAGAAACGAUCCCAGUUUUGUUUUGACAAACAGCAGCCGUUAUUAUAAUCGAAAUGAAAAACCCAUGGCAAAUCAUGAUGGUGGGAGAACUGCCAUAGCCGUUUGA